AGUAAUUCAAUAUUUUUUUCAUGACGUUUUUUAGUCAAUCUCAAUGUAAGAGGCCCCAAUUUUGGGGGCAAAGUGGUUGGUGCCCCAUGCACUGGUUGGUGCCCUGAGCACUCUGUGUACUCUGCCUAUGUCUAGCAGCGGCCCUGCCAGUUCACACGUCACUAAGAACACGCCCCUGACAUUGGCGACAGUUUCAACCUGUUGAACCACUUUGUAAACACAGAACAAAGCAGGUGGAAAUAUUCCCAGGAAGUCAUACGGUGUCAGGACAACACGGACCCAUCUCUAUCAGAUGAAUCACAAAUUGAUGACCCGUGUUAUCCUGGUUGUGUGCAUACAACAAAUCCAGAGCUUGUCGGUAAGGUACAUCGACGAGCAGCCGAUCUAUGUGUCCGUGGGCAGGGACCUUGUGCUGGAGACGGUCAUUGAGAAACUCCCUCAGGAGAAAGUCUUAAUGGUGACAUGGGAGCGCACCAGUGACGCUGGGGCCAGGAGACUGGCCACCAUUCCUGGGAAGACCCAGGAUUCCCGAAUCAGCACGGCGAAGGACGGAGCCACUCUCAGGAUAUCUGGCCUUCAGGAGUCUGACUUUGGACAUUACACCAUCACCGUGACCGACCAGGACGGCACGCAGACAUUUAAGGGAAAGGAUGUGAGAAAAAAUGACAGGCCCCCAGAGACAUCUGUAGUGCUACUGUGUGAUGUGUCUGCAGCAAGAGCUCAGUGGGACAGGCCUGUGGUCACAUGGCUAGUGGACGGGGUAAAGUUGACCAAUCAGACGGCCAAUACCUCAGAGGGAGGGUCUAAACUCCACCUGCAGGAAGUGAAGGGGCGGAACUACACCUGCAUCAGUGACAGCAGUUUGGGGACCAGCACAGCACACUUCAUCCUGGCAGAUUCAACACAGAUUCCAGGGCAUUUGAGCCUAAUCACUGUAAUUGUGAUACUGUGUAUUGUGUUUGCUGCUGUCUCAGUGAUAUUCUAUUGUCUUUACACUAAGCUGAAGAAGACAAUCAAACAACCGGAUGAAACCAACAAGCCACUUAACAGGUCACAGCCCAUAGAAAUCAGCUGAUACAACCCACAUCACCCACAUUAUCUAACACUGUUUUAUUUUUGAUGUUCUUCUUUUUUUACUGUACGUUUAACUCUGCACUUAACCCAAUUUUGCAAAUUGUUGAUAUUUAUUACAUGUAUAAGUUAUUAAAACAUUUGCACAAUUUCGUAACAUGCUACCUUUUGUAGGUUGGGGAUUGUAGCCUACAUGUGCUGAGUUAGCAUGGAUAGUUGAAAAUGUUUUAUUCCUGUGGGGACAGUUGCAACGCUUUAUUGCAACUGUCCCCACAUGUGUUUCCCAUAGAGACCAAUGCAUUUUUCCAACUGUCCCUCAUGACAAUAAUGGUAAUUAUAAGGUGCAAUACAAGUAGAAUAGAUAUGAAUAAAUAUAUGUGAAGCAUAAUAUACCAUAAUACAUAUAAUUAAUACACAUAAUAUAGAUAAUUUAUUUUGACCUCUUCCUUGAUUGCCGCCAACAUUUUUUUUUCUCCCUCAUUUUGUAAUUGAUAUGUUCCUUUGUGCAGAAACCCCAAAUGUUGACUGAGGCAACUUUACUUGGCGCCGGUGUCAUGAGCCACAUUUGCCAAACAUUUGUCAUUGCCAUAACCAAAUGUCACAUAAGGCCAACAGUCAUAAAAUGUUUAUGACAUGUACAUAAUGUUUAUGACACGUGCAUAACUGUCUUGUUUUUUGUAAAAAAUGUUUUACACACUGCUGUACUCUGUAAUGUUUGUAAACUGAAGUUUUCUUACAACUGUGCUUUGUCUGUGAUUGGUAUGUGGCUAAUUAGCCACUAAUUGUAAGCACCUGACAAACCCUGUAAAAGAUGGCUCCAAUGUUGCACUCACUUUUGCACUGAGGAAAGUCCAGGAGGACGGAAACGUUUGCACCUUUUAUUUUCUUUUUUUCUUUACCCUUCUGGGCUCCAGCAAGUAAAAAAACACUCUGAAAAAACACUCUGUUUGAGUGGUCAUUCUGUGUGCGAGUCACCCCUGCAAACAGAGAACGUGCAUAACUGUGCCCUUAAUAAUAAUAAUAAUAAUAAUAAUCAUAAUCAUAAUCAUAAUCAUAAUCAUAAUCAUAAUCAUAAUAAUACUUUCGAUUAUAUAUCGCCUUUCAAAACACCCAAGGUCGCAUCACAAGGUAUCGCGUAGGAAAGUGUGAGUGUGUGUGCGCGUCAGUGCGUGAGUGUGUGUGUGAGUGCAUGUAAGUGAUUUCAUCAAGUGAGAUUUCACUGAUACUGUUAUGACACUGUAAUGAAAUGCCUAUGACACCGGCGUCAAGUAGAGUACAUUACCGAAAAGUAGCCAGUCACGCAACAACAGUAAACACCAGUUUAAAUUGCUAAAGGUUUUGGUUUUCUUGUGUCUCUCUUUGUUGGGUCAUAUCUGUCCUUCCCAUGUCUCUAUUUCAUGUCAUAGCCUACUUCAUGAAUGGUAGCUACAGUAAGCUACAGAAUUGAUUUUAAGGCAAUGCUACUUGUGUUUAAAUCAUUAAAUGGAAUGGGACCCACAUAUCUACUGGAUAUGUUUCAGCUGUAUGCACCGACCAGGUCACUAAGGUCAACGGAGAAGAAUUUGCUGGUGAUUCCAAAAGUCAAAACAAAGUGUGGAGAGGCAGCCUUUAGCUUCUAUGCUUCAAAGCUUUGGAACCAGCUUCCAGAUGACGUAAAAAAUGCACCCACUAUUGAUAGCUUUAAAUCUAGACUCAAGACAAAGCUGUUCUCAGAUGCUUUCCCCUAGCUUAAAUUACAUAUCAUUCUUUUUUAUUAUUAUUAUUUUUAUUUUUAUGUUUUUCAAGGUUUUAUGUUUAUUUAUGUUUUAUUUUAUUAUUAUUUUUACCUUAUGUUUUAUCUUAAUGUUUUAAAUGUUUUUUUGACUCUAAUUCAUUUCCUUCUUUCUUCCCUGUUUCCUUUCAUUUACAUUUGUUAACUUUGUGAAGCACAUUGAGUUGCACCUGUGUAUGAAAUGCGCUAUAUAAAUAAACUUGCC